AAAAUGGCAGCGCCCAUCAGUUUGCAUCAUUUCGGAGUGUGUGCACGAAAUGGGGAAUUGUUGCUACGUCAGUUUACGGAGAAACUCACAUUCCGGUUAUUUGCGAAGAGGGAGACUCCGGUGGCAAGGCAAUGGGCCGUUAAAAACGGCAAUGCUGUGUUUGUGAUAACGGAAAACAGACAUUUACCCUGCUCUCCAUGCCUUCCCAAUGCGAAUGGCACCAAAGCGCGUACCUCCACUAUCGAAGGAAUAUGCGGCGACUAUAGUAAUUUAAUGAAUAUACCUGAACGUGCCAACAACGUAAACUCAUAUUUCGAUAACAAGAUACAUAGUGGCGUCCCCCAUUUGUCGGCUAGAAUUGAACCUAAUUCUUCUAUUGGCUAUUCCGAUGAAUGUGCCGGUUCUGACACGACAAACCCGCAUCAGCAACAACAGUGGAAUAACUCCGUUUUUAACGUCUGCUUUAAUGUGCAAAGUGUCAAGGAAAUUGUUAACCGUGUUUCUAAGUUUUCGGGCAAACAUUCCUUGCUUCAACUGCCAACUAGUCUUUCAGACAGCGAUGGCGUAGUGGAGUAUGCAGUAGUAUAUACAGGUAUUGGCAACAUUAUUCACACACUCAUUGAUACCUCUAAGUAUUAUGGAGUGUUUCUCCCGUGCUUCCUCAACAUAGAAUCAAACGAUUUGACCCAUGGAAGCUUGCCAGGUCAAAGCUUGUACUUUGAUCAUGUGACGUACGCGUGUCAUGCUGGAUCGUCGCAUAGUAUAAUGACUUGGUAUGAGUCCUGCUUUGGCUUGAAACGAUUCUUCAUAAACAGUGAUGAAGACAAGGAUGAGGGUUUUACAAUUAAGGAAGAAGAUUUUGGCCUGAGGCUUAAAGCAAUGGAGUAUUGGAAGUGUGCGGAGACUGGACUCACAAAUCAAAACGAUAGCCAUGAAUCUCAAGCAAAUGAAAUUAAGAUUGUCUUUGCUGAACCCCUACCGGGAAAUGCACCAAAUCAGGUGCAACAGUUUCUUGACCAUCAUGGAGGUCCAGGCAUUCAGCACAUUGGACUUCACACGAAUGACAUCAUCGAAACAGUUUCCUGCAUGGAAAAUUUAGGAGUAGAAUUUCUCAACCCUCCGUCUACCUACUACACAGAGAUUGGCAAGCUAGCAGAGAUACUUUUUAUGGGUAAAAAUGUAGAGAUUUUGCGAAAGCACGGAAUUCUACUGGAUAUCGAAGCUGAUGGUGGAGAUAGACAACCCACAAAUGAUAAAAAUGCUCGGUACUUGAUGCAGGUGUUUACCAAGCCACUGUUCGAUAGUGAUACCUUCUUUCUUGAGGUCAUUCAGAGAUGUGGAGCUAGCGGAUUUGGAGCCGGAAACAUUACUGCCCUCUGGCGGUCUGUUCAGGCAUUUCUACGUAAAAGUCAGGCAUGAUAUUGCUGUUAAAGUAGGCUUUGCAAUCUCAGUUGUUAUGUAGAAUCUAGGUGUUAUAGUUAACUUUAGCUUAUUUGUUAAGAGGGUUUUAACCCGGUGGUUGGCAAAAGUUAUUUAUGACAUGCUAAAGCAAUGGGAGGCAUUGUGGCAGAAAUAAAGUGUUGUAUUU